AUGCCGUGCUCAGCUCAGCGGUGCCAGUGCCUCCCCCCGUUCCCCCCGGUGCCGGGGGGCGGGUACCGGGCCGGGGGGAGGCGCCCGGGCGCGCCCGGCCCCGGUGCCCGGGCGGCGGCGGAGCCUCCCCGGUGCGGGCCGGGCGAUGGCGGCCCCCCGGGGCGGCGGGAGCGGCUGCGGGCGCUGGCGCUGGGCCGGGGGGCGCUGGGGCUCGAGACCCUCCUGGACCUGCUGCUGGGGCUGGCGGGGGGGCUGCGGCACCGCCUCCAGCACCGGGACCCCCCCCGGGACACCGGGGACACCGCCGGCAACGGCGGCGACAGCGGCGGCGACAGCGACAGCGACAGCGACAGACACGUCCGGGACUUUCUGAGCUGGGCCGAGCCGGCGGCCGCGCAGGUCCAGGAGCUGCAGCUGCAGCGCGGAGACUUCGAGAUCCUCAAAGUGAUCGGGAGGGGCGCGUUCAGCGAGGUGUCGUGUUUCCGCGAGGAGCGGGACGUGCUGGCCCGCGGGGACCGGCGCUGGAUCACACGGCUGCACUUCGCCUUCCAGGACCCGCAGUGCCUGUACCUGGUGAUGGAGUACUACAUCGGCGGUGACCUCCUGACCCUGCUGAGCAAGUUUGGGGACCGGCUGCCGCUGGCCAUGGCCCGGUUCUACCUGGCCGAGCUGGUGAUGGCCAACGACUCCGUGCACCGCCUGGGCUACGUGCACCGGGACAUCAAACCCGACAACAUCCUGCUGGACCGCUGGGGACACAUCCGGCUUGGGGACUUCGGGUCCUGCCUGCGCCUGGGGCCCGACGGCACCGUGCGCUCGGCGGUGGCCGUGGGCACCCCCGAUUACCUGUCCCCCGAGAUGCUCCUGGCCGUCGAGGACCCCUCGCGCUCCUACGGCCCCGAGUGCGACUGGUGGGCGCUGGGGGUCCUGGCCUACGAGAUGUUCUACGGGAGACCCCCGUUCUUCGCCGACACCGUGCUCGAGACCUACGCCAAGAUCCUGCACUUCCAGGACCACCUGCACCUGCCGGACACCGAUGACGAUGAUGAUGGCGGCGAUGGCGACGACACCGCGGCCCCGGGCGUCCCGGCGGCUAUGCGGGGCUCGUGGGCCGCGCUGGGCGCCGCGCCUGGGCCACGGGGCGCGCACUGGGCGCUGUUCGCGGGCACGCGCUGGCGCGCGCUCCGCCGCUGCCCCGCCCCCUUCGCCCCCAGCGCCGCCGGCGCCACCGACACGUCCAACUUCGACGUGCUGGACGAUUGCCUGAGCCAGCCGGAGCUGCUGGGGGAGCCCGGGGACCCCCCCGAGCUGGGGCUGCACCUGCCGUUCGUGGGGUACUCGUACGCGCGCGCCGAGCACGAGGAUGAGGAAGAAGAGGAAGAGGAGGAUGAGGAUGAGGAGUGGGACCAGGACACGGCCAUGGAGCUGGAGGGGGACCAGACGCGGUUCCCGCAGGUGGCGGUGGCGGCCCCGGUCGCGGUCCCGGCGGCGGUGCCGGUGUCGGUCCCGGUGUCGGUGUCGGCGGUCCCGGUCGCGGUCCCGGCGGCGCCGGCGGUGCCGGUGUCGGUGCCGGUGCCGGAGCCGGUGCCGGUGUCGGUGCCGGAGCUGCGGGAGGCGCUGGCCAAGGAGCGGCGCGGGCGGGAGGAGCUGGAGCGGGAGCUCGGGAAGCUGCGGGCGGCGGGGCAGGGGCUGGCCCGGGUGACAAUCACCACCGGGGAGGUGACACCAGUGCCACCGGUGGGGACAGUGACCCCGCGGCCAUCGGGGACCGAGGGGGGUCCCCAGGGGGGGUCCCCGCGGUGUCCCCAAGUGUCGCCUCCCUCCAGGCGCCUGCAGGAGGCCGAGAGCCGCAACCUGGAACUGGAAGCGAAACUGCGGCGGCUGCAGAGCGACCCCCCCGGGCCCGGCCCCCCCGCGCCGCAAGGACAUCACCCCCUCCCCAAAUUUGGGGCUGGGGGGAAGAAACCCCCCGAAAUCUGA